UUCCCCCCCCUCCUCUCCUCUCCUCUGCUCUGCUCUCCAGCCCUCCCUUCCCACGCCCCAGUGCGCUGUGGGAUAGUGGUACUAUAAAGUAUAUCCUCUCUCGGAGAAAGAUAAGAAGCCCGAGACAGGAGGGGGAUGAAGAUGGCGGACGCCAAGCAGAAGAGGAAUGAGCAGCUGAAGCGAUGGCUGGGCUCGGAAACGGACCAGGAGCCUCCCCUGCUGAAGAAGAAGAAGACGAAGGUGAAGUUCGACGAUGGCGCCGUGUUCCUGGCCGCCUGCUCGAGUGGCGACACCGAGGAGGUGCUCCGAAUGCUCGAGCGGGGCGCCGACAUCAACUACGCCAAUGUGGACGGUCUCACCGCCCUACACCAGGCAUGCAUAGAUGACAACGUUGACAUGGUGACGUUCCUGGUGGAGCACGGAGCCAGCAUCAACCAGCCGGACAAUGAGGGCUGGAUCCCCCUCCACGCCGCCGCGUCCUGCGGAUACCUCGACAUAGCAGAAUAUCUUAUAAGCCAGGGUGCUAAUGUGGGAGUGGUGAACAGUGAAGGCGAGACGCCUCUGGACAUUGCCGAAGAGGAGCCGAUGGAGGAGCUGCUGCAGAACGAGAUCAACCGACAAGGGGUGGAUAUCGAGGCGGCCCGGAAGGAGGAGGAGCGGAUCAUGCUGCGGGACGCCCGGCAGUGGCUCAACAGCGGCCAGAUUCAGGACGUCCGGCACGCCAAGUCCGGAGGAACGGCGCUCCACGUAGCCGCUGCCAAGGGAUACGUUGAGGUUUUAAAGCUUUUAAUCCAAGCAGGGUAUGAUGUAAAUAUUAAGGACUAUGACGGCUGGACUCCACUACAUGCAGCAGCACACUGGGGCAAAGAGGAGGCGUGUCGGAUACUGGUGGAGCAUCUAUGCGACAUGGACGUCAUGAAUAAAAUGGGCCAGACGGCCUUCGACGUAUCAGACGAAGACGUGCUGGGAUAUUUAGAGGAACUGCAGAAGAAACAGAAUCUGCUCUUGAGUGAGAAGAAAGACGUUAAGAAAUCUCCUUUGAUUGAAACAACAACCACUGGGGAUAACAACCAAUCACUGAAGCCGCUCAAGAGCAAAGAAACGCUGCUCCUGGAGCCGGAGAAGACGGCCCCGCGCAUCGAGACCCUGGAGCCGGAGAAGGUGGACGAAGAAGAGGAAGGGAAGAAGGACGAAUCGAGCUGCUCCAGCGAGGAAGAGGAGGAAGAGGAUUCCGAGUCGGAGACUGAAGCAGACAAAAGCAAGCCCUCGGCAUCGGUGAGCAACAGCACAACGCCCGUCCCGGCCAGCAUCACCGCGACAUCGCCAACGAUCCAGACCAACCAGGUGCCGACACCCACGUCGCCGGUGAAGAAGGUCAUUCAGCCUGCUGGAAAGGUUUCCACUAAAGUGGAGGAGGAGCGGAAGGACGAGUCGCCGGCCUCCUGGCGCCUGGGUCUGAGGAAGACGGGCAGCUACGGGGCGCUGGCGGAGAUCACGGCCACGAAGGAGGCUCAGCGGGAGAAGGACACGACGGGCGUGAUGCGCUCGGCCUCCAGCCCUCGCCUCUCCUCCACCCUGGACAACAAGGACAAAGAAAAGGAAAAGGACAAGAGUACACGACUCGCCUACGUGACCCCCAACGUCCCCAGGAGACUGGCGAGUACUUCAGACAUCGACGAGAAGGAAAACAGGGACUCCACUGCUCUGAUACGCAGCGGCUCCUACACCCGGCGGCGCUGGGACGACGACCUGAAGAACAACAGCGAAGGAAGCGCCUCCACCAACCGGACCUCCAGCUAUCAGCGCAGCACGUCCCAUACACUAGCGCUAGGGCGGAGCGGCAGCACGCGGGACGUGCCGGCCAAGUCUUCGUCCACCUCCAGCUUGGACCCUAACGCCUGUAAUACUAAACCCUGGCAGCCGCCCACCUCCUACUACCAGUCUUACAGCAUUUACCGCAGCGGCUCUUUUGGCAGAAGACACGAGGACCUGAGCUCCUCGACCACGUCCUCCUCCACGACCACCACCACCUCGUCAUCCGUUACCUCGCCCACAGGCCACCGCGGCCUGCUCUCCAGCCUGGGCUCCUCCUCCACACGCACUGGCUCCACCAGUCUCACCAGCAGGUACUGGUCAGAGGAGAGUGCAGAGAGGGAGAAGGAGAAGGAGUCUGCUGCCGUCAUCCCAACUAUGAACACUGGCUCUACCACGACCACCGCGUCUACCACUACCACCACCGCCAUAUCUACCACUACCACCACCGCUGGCACUGUCCCCACGUCUGAAAGACGAAGGUCAUACCUGACGCCAGUGCGAGACGAGGAGUCCGAGUCCCAGAGGAAAGCUCGCUCCAGACAGGCCCGACAGUCGAGGAGGUCCACUCAGGGCGUGACUCUGACCGACCUGCAGGAGGCCGAGAAAACGAUCGGGCGGAGUCGCCCCAUCAAGACCCGCGAGGAGGAGAAGGAGGAGCGAGAGAAGCAGGACAAAGAGAAGCAGCAGGAGGAGAAGAAGGAGACCGAGACCAAGGAGGACGACUACCGGUCAAAGUACCGCAGCUUUGAAGAGCGCUACCGGUCCUUAUCGUCCUCCUCCACCUCCGCCAUUUCCCCAGCCAGCACUGCCUCCACCCCGUCCUACUCCAGUUCCACACUGUCCUCCAGCUCCAGUUCCCUCCACAGGCCCAACAGCCUGUCGGGGAUCACCUCCUCCUAUAGCCGCUCCUCCAGAGACACCGAAAAAGAAGCAGACAAGAAGGAGGAGGAGAAGGAGGGAGAGGACAAGUCUCAGCCUCGCUCCAUACGGGAUCGCAGGCGGCCCCGCGAGAAGCGACGCUCCACCGGGGUUUCCUUCUGGACCCAGGACGGUGAUGAAAAUGACCCUGAGCAGCAGUCGGACUCUGAGGAGAGCAGCACCAAUAGAGAGCCACAGAGUGACAGAUUGUCCAGGAAUGAGAGCACUUCGUCCAUGGACCGCAACGACACUCUUUUCAGCCGUAGCUACGAGAGUCGAAGGCCAUACUCGAGCCGACUGGACAGAGACGACACCACAGACUAUAAAAAGCUCUAUGAGCAGAUCUUAGCCGAGAACGAGAAGUUGAAGGCCCAGUUACGCGACACGGACCUGGAGCUGGCAGACUUGAAGCUACAACUAGAGAAGGCCACACAGAGGCAGGAACGCUACGCCGACCGAUCACAGCUCGAGAUGGAGAAAAGGGUGACAAGCAGGCCCCAUUAUCAUCUGGGUGGCGGUAUGAAUUCUCCCCUGUAUCAGUUUUUUUUUGUAUCAGUCUUCUCUCUGCUGCUGCCUGUCGUCUCACGCGUGCCCUUGUGGCCCGAGAGGCUCAGGGGGUCAGAGGUCAGAGGGCAGUGACGUCCUCCCUCCUCGCCACCCAGAACACCGCCACCUUCUCUAUCACGUGUUUUUUUUUAUUUUUGAUUUCAUUUUAUUUGAACCUCAGAGGCAGCGUGUGGUCACCACUGUUGUUUUCCCAUGUGUGUGCGCGUGAAAGUAUGUCAAUCUUUAAAGGUCCAGUGUGUAAGAGUUAGUGACAUCUAAUGGUGAGACUGCAGAUAACAACACAGAUUUGUUCAUAACACAGUGACAGUUUUGUGAUAAUUAACUUUUUUUGAUUGCUUUCUACAAUUUACAAUUUUUGUUCCGAGAAAGUUAAUCAACAAUAAAUAUGGCUGCCAAUGGCCAAUUAAACCACACAUGUUGGAAGUCAUUUAUAUCUUUGAGUUCCAGACUUUCCACUUCUUUCUUUUUGUUUUUAAAAAACAAAGAUAAAGUAAUUUAAUGAGUUAAAUCUAUUAACACAAAUAUUGAACAGACACUCCAAAAAUCAAGAUCUAACUUUCUGGCUGCUAUUCAAAAUAAGUACAUAAACGGCUUAUUUUAAGGCUACAAAACCCUAUUUCUUUUUUAAAUUUUAAGCGAUUAUUCACUCAAACACAUUUAUAGGCCUUCUAUUCAGUUUCCUAUAAACCCACCUAACAUGUUUCACACUGGACCUUUUUAUUUGUGCAGGAAAUGUUUUGGUAAAUUUGUCCACAUUUGAAGAACAUGCGCACGUGUGUAUGUUGUCAUGCUUUCUUUUAUUUUUUUUAUUUGAAGUCACUCGUUUGUUAAUCAUGCUGGCGUCUGUGCAGCCAACGACAUCAUCAUCAUCAUCGUCAUUCACCUUCAUGUUUGUGUCCUCACACUAUGAGAAUGUCGUU